CAUCUUUGUGUUUGCUUAUUGUACACAGAACAUUUUCCUAUAGUGCCAAUAAUUUGCUGUUUGUAACAAUGAAAUACAUCAAGUGAGACAAACUCGAAAAGUUAUAUGUAUAUAAUUUGUUAAUAGGGAAGGUUACUUUUUACAAAUGGAUAUCGGUGAAUUACUCUCGUACAAACCGCCAAACACUCCAAAAAGGCCAGUGGCGGGAGAAGAAGAUGAUGAGGAUGAAUGGGAGAAUGCUAAGAAACCGAAACGGGUUAUUAAAACUCCAUAUCAUCCACGACAAAGACAAGCAAGAGAGAUUGAUGUCACUCCAGUCAGAAGUAGUGAGCCUCCUACACCUAUCAGAGCUGCUUUACCUUCACCAGCAAAUGACGUGGUUGAACCACAGUUGACAGAAAAGGAAAAACAGGACAUUUUAAAAUAUGUAGAAACUGAGGCCCCAGAAGUAGAAGCAUUGGAUGAAGCAACACUUAAAAGAAUGGUACUUUUAUUUGAGAAAAGAGCACUUAGGAAUCAAGAAAUGAGAGUAAAGUUUCCUGAUCAACCAGAAAAAUUUAUGGAAUCAGAGGUCGAGUUGCAUGAAACCCUUCAAGAACUUCAUGUUGUUGCUACUAAUCCAGACCUCUAUCCACUAAUGGUAGAGUUGGGUGCUGUACCUUCUUUGCUUGAAUUGUUAUCACAUGAGAAUACAGACGUAGCAGUUGGUGUUGUUGAUCUUUUACAAGAGUUAACUGAUGUAGACAUUCUACAUGAAAGUCAAGAGGGAGCAGAUACACUUAUUGAUGCUCUGUUAGAGCAACAAGUUUGUGCACUUCUUGUGCAAAAUUUAGAAAGACUGGAUGAAGCAGUGAAAGAAGAAAGUGAUGGAGUUUAUAACACUUUAGCUAUCUUUGAAAAUCUUCUGGAGUUCAGACCUGAUUUAUGUGCUGAUGCAGGAAAGCAGGGAUUGAUGCAGUGGUUACUACGUAGGAUUAAGACAAAAGCUCCAUUUGAUGCUAAUAAACUUUAUGCUAGUGAACUUUUGUCCAUUCUUUUGCAAAGCACACCAGAAAAUAGACUUCUUCUUGGUGAACUUGAUGGAAUUGAUGUAUUACUACAACAAUUAGCAUACUAUAAAAGACAUGAUCCUCAAACGGCUGAAGAACAAGAAAUGAUGGAAAAUUUAUUCAAUGUAUUAUGUUCAAGUCUUAUGGCAACUGUGAACAGAGAUAGAUUUUUGAGAGGUGAGGGAUUGCAGCUUAUGAACUUAAUGUUAAGGGAAAAGAAAAUGUCCCGAAAUGGAUCUCUUAAGGUAUUAGAUCAUGCAAUGAAUGGUCCAGAUGGAAAAGAUAAUUGCAGCAAAUUUGUUGAUAUUCUCGGGUUAAGGACUAUAUUUCCUUUAUUCAUGAAAACUCCAACAAAAAAUAGGAAGAAGAUGCUUACGGCGGAAGAACACGAAGAACAUGUAGUAUCAAUUAUUGCGAGUAUGUUAAGAAACUGUAAAGGUCAACAACGUCAGAGAUUAUUAAGUAAAUUUACCGAAAACGAUUAUGAGAAAGUAGAUCGAUUAAUGGAGCUUCAUUUCAAAUAUCUGGAGAAAGUGGAAGAAGUCGAAAAGAACACAAAGGAAGAUGAAGAUGAAGAAGAAUCGUACCUGAGAAGACUGGAUGGCGGUUUAUUCAUAUUACAAUUAGUUGAUUAUGUACUGUUAGAAGCUUGUACCGGUUGUCCACCGGCAGUGAAGCAAAGAGUUACGCGGAUUUUAGCACAAAGAAGAGCUUCUCUCAAAACUAUUAGACACAUCAUGAGGGAAUAUGCUGGAAAUCUUGGUGAUGCUGGCGAUUCGGAAUGGCGAGAAGCAGAACAACAACACAUAUUACAAUUAAUUGACAAGUUUUGAUGUACACAUCUUAAUGAAGA